AUGAGACUUGCGGCCUUUUCGUGGCUUUUCUUGAUCCCCAUUUACUCACCUUUCCUAAUUAGCAUUUGUGUCUUUGGCGUGUCUGGGCAAUGUUUCGGCAAUCAGCAGUCCUUGUUACUGCAAUUGAAGAACAACCUUACAUUCGAUCCUGCUAGGUCCAACAAACUUGUUAAGUGGAAUCAAAGUGCUGAUUGUUGUUCUUGGGAAGGCGUAACCUGCCACGAGGGAAGUGUUAUUGGUCUCGACCUGGCUAGUGAAUCCAUCUCGGGUGGACUUGACGAUUUAAGUAGCCUCUUCAGUCUUCAUCUUCUCCAGAGCUUGAAUUUGGCUUACAACGACUUCAACUCUUCUCAGAUUCCAUCAAAGUUUGACAAGUUGACGAAUUUGAGUGAUUUGAAUCUAGCAAAUGCUGGCUUUGCAGGGCAGAUUACUUCCACUCAGUGGGAAGAACUUCUGAAUCUAGACACUCUUGAUUUAAGUUACAAUUCAUUGAACGGGGAUAUUCCAGUUUCAUUGUUUCACCUCCCAUCAUUGCAGGUAUUACAACUUUCCAAUAACCUAUUUUCUGGGCAACUCAAGGAAUUUUCCAACAUUUCUUCUUACAAACUACUAGAGCUUGAUUUGAGCAAUAACGAGUUGGAAGGGCCAAUACCCAUAUCUAUCUUUGGGCUUCCAGGUCUUGCAUCCCUCAUUCUUUCUUCAAACAACUUUGAUGGCUCCAAUUUGUUGGAUGAAUAUAGUGGUUUUAACCUUUCGUCUUCCCACUAUCCCACUUGGUUAGGCUUGGCUUCUAUCAAGUUGAAAAAAAUUCCUGAUUUCUUUAGAAACCAAUCCAAAUUAUACUCUUUAGACCUUUCAAGGAACCAGAUAUAUGGAGAGGUGCCUAAUUGGAUCUGGAAACUUCCCCAACUUAGAUUUCUAAAUCUCUCCUAUAACAACUUGGUCACUCUCAAAGGACCUAUCUCCAAUAUCUCUUCUAUUUUUAGGACGAGAUCUCUAGACUUUCGCUCCAACCAGUUCCAAGGCCAACUCCCAGUUCUCCCACCUGUCAGCUACUUGGAUUUCUCAAUGAAUAAUUUUCAUUCUGCCUUACCAGCUAGCAUCGGCCAGUCCCUUGAAUUCACACAAUUCUUUUCUAUUUCAAGUAAUAAAUUAUAUGGGAGUAUCCCUGGAUCCAUAUGCAAAGCUUCAUUUCUUCGAUUUCUCGAUCUGUCUGAUAAUUACUUCAGUGGCACAAUUCCCCAAUGCUUGAGUGAGAUGAGUGGGGCUCUUCAGGUGUUGAGUCUAAGAAGAAACAAUCUCAAUGGUACAAUUCCUGAUACAUUUCCGGAGUCUUGUAAUUUACAUACUUUAGCUAUCAAUAAAAACCAUCUAGAGGGAAAGUUACCAAAAUCUCUGAAGAAUUGCCAUUCAUUGGAGGUCUUGGACGUUGGAAACAACCACAUCGAGGACACCUUCCCAUUUUACUUGAAUGGAUUAGCCACAUUGAAGGUUCUUAUUUUGCGAUCUAACAAAUUUUAUGAGCCCAUUGGUCAUCCAGAGCUUGCCCCUUGCCCGAAGCUUCAAAUCAUAGAUGUGGCUUCAAACAAUUUUACUGGUCACCUUCCAAUAGUACUCCUUUCUACUUGGAUGGCGUUGACCGAUCGUGCACAUGAGGCCAACUCAAAACUCAAUCACAUCCAAAUUGGUAUUGGUGGUUUUUAUUAUCAAGAUCCAGUAACAGUUAUUAGCAAGGGUUCAGAGGUGGAGCUAGUCAAGAUCCUAACUACCUUUACCACCAUUAAUUUUUCUUGCAACAACUUUGAUGGUCCUAUACCUUAA